CAUGCCCUUCGGUGCCACCGCCGGUCGUCUUCGUCGCCUCAGCAGCAGGAGCCUGUGAAGCAGGUUGUUGUUUUUAUGAGAGGCGUCACUGGGGACCUGAGCCUCGAAUCGUCGCCAGCACGACUGCCAGCGCGGGCUUCGGGAGGUGGCUCUGGCCACUUUCAGAUACCUGAAAAAUGUCUGAAAACUCCAGUGAUAGUGAUUCAUCCUGUGGUUGGACUGUCAUCAAUCAUGAGGGGUCUGAUAUAGAAACAGUGAAUUCUGAAAAUGGUAUAACAAGUGAAAGUCCUGAGUUUGCAUCAGAAGAAUACACAGCUUUAGUGCAAGAGGAACAUCAGGAACAGCCUUUAGAUCAAGAAGGAAAUAGUGAAGGUGGUACAGUGUUAAUGGGAGAAACUACUUAUCUAGCUUUGGAAGAAGCCAGCUCAGUUCUUGAGACACAGAGAGAAAAGUCACCUGAUGACAAUGUCUAUUUUGGGGCUAUCAGUGAUGAUUCUGACAUCGUUACCCUUGAACCACCUAAGCUGGAGGAAAUUGGAGCACAAGAAGUUAUAAUUGUUAAGGACAUUCAGGGUCCUGAAGAUUUUAACUUAGGCUCUUCCUCUAGUAGCCAGUAUACAUUCUGUCAGCCAGAUACUGUAUUUCCAUCUCGGCCUAUGGAUGAUGAGUCCAGUAGUGAUGAAACAAGUCAUCAGCCCAGUCCCGCAAUGAGAAGACGACGUGCUAGAAAGAAGACAAUUUCUUGUUCAGAAUCUGAGGAUAGACCACCUAAUGAACACGAAUCUGACUCUCCCAAGGAACAGGUGCACCAGCACCUCUUCAGUAGUGGCCUCAACAAGUGUAUUGUACUAGCUUUGGUGAUUGCAGUCAGCAUGGGUUUUGGACAUUUCUACGGUACCAUUCAGAUUCAAAAACGUCAGGAACUAGUCAGAAAGCUACAUGCCGAAGAAUUGAAUGGUAUGAAGGAUUAUCUUUACCAGUGUCAGCAAGAACAAGGGUCUUCUGGUGAUAAGUCACUGAGAGAAAAUCUUGCAUCAUGUUUGAGGCUUACUGAGGUAGAGAAGAUAGCCUUUGAAACACAGAAGAAAAGCCUUGCUACAGAAAACCAGCAUUUAAGAAUGUCUCUGGAGAAGGAAGAAAAAGCUUUUUCCUCUUUACUGGAAGAGUUAAGGAAACUAAGGGAACAGAUUCGGAAUUUGGAAGAUAAAGAAACAAGUACUGAAUUGAUAGUUUCUGAAAAUCAAAAACUUAAACAGCAUUUAGAAAAGGAAAAGCAAAAGACUAAUAGCUUUCUCAGUCAGAAGGAGACCCUCUUGGCAGAAGCACAGAUGCUAAGGAAGGAACUAGAAAAAGAACGACAAACAACCAUUGCCUUAAGAGAAGAACUGGAUCUUUUAAGCAAUAAGCAGUCAUCAGGUGAUGCAGAUUCUCCCAAUACAUUGACUGAAAAUAAGGAAAUAGAAAUUUUACGAGGAAGAUUAACAGAGUUAGAAUGGAAGCUAAACUUUGAACAACAACGAUCAGAUUUGUGGGAAAGAUUAUAUGUUGAAGCAAAAGAUCAAAGUGGAAGACAAGAAAACAGUGAAAAAAAUAAAAGCAGCAAGGGAACUAACAAGGCUAAGAAGUCUAAAGAUACCUUGUUUGGUUCAGUUAAGGAAACUUUUGAUGCCAUGAAGAAUUCAACAAAGGAGUUUGUAAGGCACCAUAAAGAAAAGAUUAAACAGGCUAAAGAAGCUGUUAAGGAAAACUUAAAAAAAUUUUCAGAUUCAGUUAAGUCUACCUUCAGCCAUUUCAAAGAUACCACCAAAAAUAUCUUUGAUGAAAAGGGGAAUAAAAAAUUUGGAGAUAAAAGAGAUGAAGCUACUAAAAAAGCAAAAACUGUUUAUCGUGAAUAUUUGCAUCCUCAACCUAGACCAUCUUCUAAAAACACACAUCAUAAAAGUCCCAACAUGGCAAGAUCGGGAAGAAAACAAAAGUCAGUUCAAUUUGAAACAUUUGGGAAGAACACAAAUUCACAGAAAUGUAGCAUGAGCCAAAACUCAGGAAGAAAUUACCAAUUUUUAAAAAACCCUUCUGAUUGGUUUGAAUGUGGUCAUCAGGAAAAGCCACCAGUUCAGUUUGAAACAUUUGGUAAAAACACAAACUCCCAGAAAGGCACCACUGAUAAAGACUGUGUGAAAAAUUAUCACCGUCUAACAAAAGGCUGUUCCAGUGUUUUUGAAUGUGCUCAUCAGGAAUCUAUUAGCCUUUUCAACAGAGUAUUGGACCCUGUAAGAAUAGAUGAAUUUAAUCAGUUAAUGCAAAGAUAUGUGCAGCAAGAAGUAAAUGACUUCCAUCACUGGGGAGAACUUCAGCAAUUCAUCAAUAAGUUUUUCCAUAACAGUGUCUUUAUUCAUGAUCAGAUGUUGUUCACUGACUUUGUUAAUGAUGUUAAAGAUUAUCUUGAAGACAUGAAGGAAUAUCAAGUAGAUAAUCAUGGAGUAUUUGAGGAUUUGGAUGACUAUAUAUAUAGACAUUUCUUUGGUGACACAUUUUCCCCUCAGUAUGGACCCAGUCGCCCUGAUAAAAAGCAUCGUAUGGUUAAUAUUGAAAACUCCAGGCAUCGAAAACAAGAGCAGAAGUACCCUCAGCCACAGCAUUAUAAGAGGGAAGGUAAAUGGCAUAAACAUGGUCGAAGUAAUGGAAGACACACGGCAAAUCUUGAAAUAGAAUUGGGGCAGUUACCUUUUGACCCAAAAUAUUGAACAUGAUUAAGUAAAUUAGAUAACUUUAAGAGAAUUGUAGAUGUUCUCCACUCUGUUCAGUAUUGGAAACUAAAACUGAAAUUACCAAGAAGUCAAUGUCUUUCAUCUCUAAUUAUCAGUUUGGUGAAUUUUACACUGUUAACUCAAAAGCAUCCGUCAAAGCUUACUAACUUGCAUUUUCUUUGUAGUUUUAGCUCUCUGCUGAAUACUUUCUGGCAAUGGAAAUAAGUUUGGUUGUAGUUUUACCAUUAGGGAAGCCAGGCAUGCAAUAGGUUUUGUGCAUGAAAUGAAGUUUUCUUUUGUUUUAAGGUAAGACAAGCUCAAGUCAUUUAUGACAAAGUAUAAUUAACAAUGUUAAAUUUGGUGUUGAGCUGUCUUGGAAAAAAUACAUUGUGAUGGAAUUUCAUCUCUGUUAAUGUUUUA